AUUUAUGAGGAGCAUUUACGAGGGAGAAGGAGCUGGCGCCCAGUAUUAAAUUGCCAGGAUCUCGCCUACUUCCAAGGUGGAAAGAGAAGGAGCUCCUCCUUGCUUAACCCUUCUGUGGAGCAUCGACUCUGGGGCUUCUUCUACGUAUCAUCUCCUUGCUUGCCGAGCUGGCUGAACUGUGUGCCAGCUAAUUUACACCUAAUUUAGUCAAGAAUUGGGGUUGCAUUUUGGGAGGCGCGACGGCCGUCGUGGGGACUGUGUACACUCAAGCUGAGAAAAUCCAAUGGGUCGAUUAUUGAACACUUAGCCGAGGAAAGAAAAGGAUCAAUAACCAUGUCUCCUGCCGGAAUACGUCGGUGAUGAAUGGUUGCUCGAUACACUGACUGGUUUAUGAGAUGAUUUCUGAACCGCCAGCGACAGUGGCAGGGGUCUCCAACCUAGCGGGGAUGGAGAAAGUGAAUGAGGGACUUUUCGGUAGUGGGGGGGAGCCCAAUGGGAAGAAGGCGCGGUUGUCGCUCGACCGCAAGGAAGGGGGGGUGGAAGCGAGCAGCUCCGGAGGGGGGGCCUCCGCUGACCCUGCCAGGGACACCGGGGCAAGCGAGGGCAAUUCAGGGGGGAAGAUGCAGGAAGAUGAUGGCAAGCGGAAGCGCUACCACCGGCACUCAUUGCACCAGAUCGAGGAGCUGGAGAGGGCUUUCCGGGAGAAUCCGCACCCCAACGAGGAGGAGCGAGCCUCGCUCAGCCAGCGGUUGAGUCUGGAGCCCCGCCAAAUUAAGUUUUGGUUCCAGAACCGGCGGACGCAGGUCAAGUCGCAGAGCGAGCGCAACGAGAACCAGGUGCUCCGCGCCGAGAAGGACCGGCUGAUCAAGGAGAACCUGUACCUGCGCGAGUCGCUGCGGGUCGCGCAGGUGCACGCACUGCAGGCCGUCAAGGGGGGGACCGACGCCGAGCGCCAGCUGCAGCUUGAGAACAAGCGCCUCAAGGCCGAGGUCGAGCACUUAACCCAGCUCGUAACUCGCUCCCUCGGGCAGCCCCCGCCCCCCGCCGGCUCCCUCGGCACCAGCCUCUCCCUCGGUCUCGGCCUUAACCCAAACGCCGAACCCUCCCUUAACCUCUCCGUCGCCCCCUCCGCGUCCGUCCCAACCCUAAACCUCACCCCCGUGGAGCGGCAACUAGUAUGUGACCUCGCGGUCGCCGCGUAUGAGGAGCUCAAGAGUGUGGCGCUGGGGGGAUCCCCCCUGUGGGAGCAGACGCCGGGCGGGCGCGACGUGCUGAACCAGGACGAGUACGCGAAGCGGCACCCGGCGAGCGCGACGGGGGGCCCCGUGGGGAGCAACGUGGAGGCGACACGCGCAGAGGGCGUCGUCAUGUCGGGCGCGGCCUCGAUCCUGGAGAGCUUCAUGAACGUGGAUCAAUGGAUGGAUCAAUACCCUACAAUCGUGUCGAAGGCCGGCCUCUUCGACGUCCUCUCCACGGGCGGCCCCGACGGCAGCCGCGACCGCGCGCUGCAGCUCAUGUUCGCCGAGACGCACGCCCUCUCGCCUCUAGUUCCCACACGCGGCGUCAACUUCCUGCGCUACUGCUGCAAGAUCGCCGAGGGGAUGUGGGUCGCCGUCGAUUCGAGCGUGGAUGGGCUGCGGGACUUCGCGAGGAAGGGCGACAUCCGCUGCCGGCGGCGGCCCUCCGGCCUGGUCAUCAAGGACGCCGGUAACGGUUGCUCGACCGUUACCGUCGUCGAACACUCGGUGGUGGAGCAGCACGCGCUGCCCAAGGAGUACGAGACGAUGGCGCAGUCGGGGGCGCUCUUCGGCGCGACGCGGUGGCUCGCGGUGAUCCAGCACCAGGCGACGCGCCUCGCGGCCACCACGCAGGCGGGCACGCAGGACAGCCCCGUCAUGACGAUCGACGGGCGGAGGACGCUGUUCAAGCUGGCCAAGCGCAUGGUGACCAACUUCUGCAUCGGCGCGAGCGGCGCGCCCCACCCUAGUUGGACCCCGAUCAGCUACUCGGGCCCCGAGGGCUCCGCCACUCUGCGCAUUCAGGCGCGCAAGAACACCAACAACCCGGGGGAGCCCACCGGGAUCAUCCUCAGCGCGAGCAGCUCCUUCUACCUGGACUCAUCUCCGCAGCAGGUGUUCACCUUUCUGACCAAUCAGCGGCUGCGGCAGCAGUGGGACAUUCUGUCGAACGGCGGCCUGGUGGAGCAAGUCGCGCAACUGAGCAAGGGGCAAACCCCGGGCAAUGCCCUCUCCCUCUUCAAAGCCGAGCCCCCCGUGAGCGGCCAGAACAACAUGCUCAUUCUCCAGGAGUCCGUCUGCGACCCCUUCGGCUGCAUGCUCGUCUACGCCCCCGUCGACACCCCCGCGGUGCAACUCGUCAUCGCGGGCGGCGACCCCGACAACGUGGCGCUCCUCCCGUCCGGCUUCUCCAUCUUUCCGGACGGCAACCCCGCGCUAGAACACGCGCUCGGGCUCGACAGCGCGCUCCUUGCGGGGGUGGGCGGGGAGAAGGAGACGAAGGGAUCCCUCACCACGAUCUCGUUCCAGAUCCUGGUCAGCACGAGCGAGGACUCGCAGCUGACGAAGGACAGUAUCGAUACCGUCAGCACGCUCGUGUGGGCGACGCUGAACCGGAUAAAGAGCGCGCUGAGCGUGAACCACGGGGUGCCACUCGUGACUUAGCGGGGCGCGAGGAGGAACCGUGACGUGUGGGGACUGGCGUUUGAUGAGAAGGAUUCCAGAUUGACUUGUACGUCGAUGUCGAGUGUCGUGCAAUGUAGAUUAGCGUAAUGUUGGAGAGAAGGUGAAGGGAUGUGAAGGGGUUUCUGGAGUCGGCCCACCUGUUGUGUCAGUGCCUUUCGGCCCUCUAGUUAAUAGACUUCUGUGAAAGUCGUUGGGCUGCCGCACUGCCCCUGGCUUGUUUCAUGCAUUAAGGUCGCCCAGUUCCCCGCCCCAGCUGGUACUUAGCAUUGAAAGAAUGUAAUAAGUGACAUAAUAGUGAAACUUCAAUUUCACACUUUUUCUAGGGGUGUGGUUUUUUCUGCAAGGUAUAUCAGCUUUGAUACAAAUCAUCGUUUAACCCGUG